UUAGGGCGGAUCUUCAGCGCAGGGAGUCUGAGUUGCAUCGUGAGGUCUUCGCACUCCUUCCUUCUAGAUGGAGGAUAAGGGGACAGAUGUGAAGACAGAGAUGUUCUUGGUUCUUACGUGUUCGCUGAUUCUCCUAGCAAGCUGCUCCAGCUGCCAGCACCACACGUGCCACUGUGCAGGCAGGAUUUUCAUCUGUCAGGAGAGCAAGGUGGUCCAGCUUCCUCGGGACAUCCCCACCAAUGCCACUGAACUGAGAUUUGUCCUUACCAAGAUGAGAGUCAUUCCAAAAGGAGCUUUUUCAGGACUUCAUGACCUAGAGAAAAUAGAGAUCUCACAGAAUGAUGCCUUGGAGGUCAUAGAAGCAAAUGUGUUUUCCAACCUUCCCAAACUACAUGAAAUAAGAAUUGAGAAGGCCAACAACCUCGUGUACAUCGAUCAAGAUGCCUUUCAGCACCUUCCGAGCCUUAGAUAUUUGUUAAUAUCAAAUACUGGCCUUAGGUUUUUACCUGUUGUCCAGAAGGUGCACUCCUUCCAGAAAGUUUUACUAGAUAUUCAAGACAAUAUCAAUAUACGUACAAUUGAAAGAAAUUCAUUCAUGGGCCUGAGUUCUGAAAGUGUGAUUCUACACUGGAAUUAUGCACAUCUGCCUUCCAUGGUCAAAAGAGUAAUCCUUUCAGCCAGACCCAUAACUGAUUUUCAUGAUGACCUGAGCUCACCACCUCAGACCUCAGAUAAAUGGCUAAAUAAAAAUGGGAUUCAGGAAAUUGAGAAUCAUGCAUUUAAUGGAACCUACCUGGAUGAACUAAAUCUAAGUGACAAUCAGAACUUAGAAAAAUUACCAAAUGAGGUCUUUCAAGGAGCCAACGGGCCUGUUGUUUUGGAUAUUUCCAGGACAAAAAUCAGUUUCCUGCCAGGUCACGGAUUAGAACUCAUUAAGAAGCUAAGAGCAAGGUCUACAUAUAAUUUAAAAAAACUUCCUGAUUUAAGCAAAUUUAGAUCAUUGAUUGAGGCAAAUUUCACCUACCCUAGCCAUUGCUGUGCAUUUACAAACUGGAAAAGACAAAACACUGAAUUACAUCCAAUAUGUAGCAUAUCUCAUGGUAAGCAAGACCUUGAUGAGCAACCUGGCAAUAAGAUAAAUAGACGAUCUGCAGCUGAAGAUUAUAUUUCCAACUACGGCAUUGGUUUUGACCCUGCAGAGAACGAAUUUGACUAUGGUUUAUGCAAUGAAGUAGUUAAUGUGGCUUGCUCACCUAAACCUGAUGCUUUCAAUCCAUGUGAAGAUAUCAUGGGCUACACUAUUCUGAGAGUCCUGAUAUGGUUUAUCAGCAUUUUAGCUAUCACUGGGAACAUUGUUGUCCUCAUUAUUUUAAUAAGCAGUCAAUACAAACUCACUGUACCUCGUUUUCUGAUGUGCAAUCUUGCAUUCGCAGACCUCUGCAUAGGUAUCUAUCUGUUGUUUAUUGCAUCUGUAGAUAUACAGACCAAAAGCCAGUAUUACAACUAUGCCAUAGACUGGCAAACAGGGGCAGGAUGCAAUGCUGCAGGAUUUUUUACAGUGUUUGCAAGUGAACUCUCAGUCUACACAUUGACUGUGAUAACUCUGGAAAGGUGGCAUACUAUCACCUACGCCAUGCAACUGGACCGCAAGGUUCGAUUUCGACAUGCUGUGAUUAUAAUGAUUUUUGGCUGGAUGUUUGCUUUCACGGUGGCACUUCUCCCCAUAUUUGGUGUCAGCAGCUACAUGAAGGUCAGCAUCUGUUUGCCCAUGGACAUAGAGACACCAUUUUCUCAGGCUUAUGUUAUAUUUCUUUUAGUGUUGAAUGUACUUGCCUUUGUGAUCAUAUGCGCCUGCUACAUCUGCAUCUACUUUACUGUAAGAAACCCUAACGUCAUCUCUUCAAACAGUGACACCAAGAUUGCCAAGUGCAUGGCUAUAUUGAUCUUCACAGACUUCCUCUGCAUGGCGCCAAUAUCAUUUUUUGCAAUAUCAGCCUCACUCAAGGUUCCUCUCAUCACAGUGUCCAAAUCCAAGAUCCUCCUGGUUUUGUUUUACCCUAUCAAUUCCUGUGCCAACCCUUUCCUCUAUGCCAUUUUCACAAAGUCUUUCCGCAGGGAUUUCUUCAUUCUGUUGAGCAAGUUUGGUUGCUGUGAAAUGCAGGCCCAGAUUUACAGAACAGACACUUCCUCAUCUGCUCAUAAUUUCCACUCAAGAAAUGGUCAUUAUCCUCCCGCAUCAAAAAACAGUGAUGGGACUAUUUAUUCACUGGUUCCUCUAAAUCACUUGAACUGAAAUGCCUGCAUGAAUCUGUGUCUGAGGCAGUGUGAUAAUCACUUUCAACUGUGAAUUUGAAUAAUGACUAGAACAUAACAUGCAAACUUAUUUUUGAUGGGAAAAUAUUUUUAUUUUCUCUUUGCUUUUUUGUUCAAUGAACAGUCUUCAGAGAUGACACAUGAUCUUCAUUAGUUCUUGAAGGACAAAGAACAAAACUGCAGUAUAUGUCAGAAUGUCCUUGUAGAAGUGUCUCCAGAAAUAAAUGAGCUUAUAAACGGGUAUCUCAUACUAUACAGGCAGAGAUUGCCUUCAUUCUAGGAAGAUGUUACCUGCUUACUGACAAUUAAAUAAUGGUUAUAUGUAGUCAAAAGAAAAAAAUAUGUAGAAUUA